AUGCAGAGGCCUCUCCCUCGGGAAGACUACUCAUUAAGGGAGAUAUACCUUGGUGGUGAAGGCACCUAUGGCCUUGUCGAGGAAAUGGAGUAUUACUUUGUCCGUAUCAUGAAAGCCGAAAACCUCUCCCCAAAGGACGUCACUGGAAGCUGUAAUCCUUAUGUUGAGGUGAGGCUUGGCAGUUACAAGGGCACCACCUCUCAUUUUGAGCAGAAGACCGAUCUCGAAUGGAAUCAGGUCUUUGUCUUCCCACGCGACCAGAUCCAGGCAUCCACCAAUAUUGUGGUUGUGGUCAAGGACAAGUAUGCGGUGAACGAUGAGUUCAUAGGAAUGGUCGAAAUUAAUCUGGACCAAAUUUUAAGACAUGUCGGACCGGACGGUGAGCGGUGGUAUAGUUUGGAGGAUCAGAAGAGGAAUAAGGUCGGAGAGCUGAGUUUUACUGUUUGGAUCGCAACGCAGACGGAUAAGGCAUUUCUGGAGGCUAGGCACUUGGAUGCUCAAACUGUUUCCGGUGACCGCGUCGUGAACACAGGAUCGAAGGUAUACCCUUCUCCGAAGCUUUGGUAUGUCGAUGUUGUUGUUGAUCACGCCCAAGACUUGCAGAUCGAUCUAAAGGCUGGAUAUCCGGAGAUAUUUGUUAGAGGAAGAAUUGGAAACCAAGAUCUCAGAACCAGGAACGCUCAGUGGCGUGAUGGGAAUCCCUUCUGGUACGAGAGGUUGAUGUUUGUAGCAGCCGAACCGUUCGAGGAACACUUGGUUAUCAGCGUGGAACGGAGGCUUGGAGUCAACAAAGAUGAGUCGCUGGGGAAGACUGAUAUUAUUGUACAGAAUGUCGAAAGGAGUUCGGGAAUCAAGCCAGUGCCAGCGGUUGAGCAGUGGUAUUAUCUUCAUGUUGACGUGGAGGAGGGCGAUCGGAGGAAAAAGGAGGUGACACAUGCUAGUCGGAUUCUUCUGAGGAUAUGCUUGAAGGGUGGAGAUCAUGUUUUUGAUGAGGCGCCGCAAUAUAGCAGCGAUCUGAGGCCUUCUGCAGAAGAACUAUGGAGGGAAAGCAUUGGUACGCUGGAGCUGGGCAUUUUGGGUGCCCGGGAGUUGAAGAUUAUUGACGGGCGGCAAGCUACCAAUGCCUAUUGCGUCGCCAAGUAUGGGCACAAAUGGGUCCGUACAAGGACUGUGAUAAAUAAUUCUAAUCCAAGAUGGAACGAGCAAUACGCUUGGGAGGUGUAUGAUCCACACACCGUUUUUACGGUUGGGGUUUUUGAUGACUGUCGCUUACUGGAAGGAGGCGCGGUGGCCGGUCAGGAUGGCAGAAUUGGGAAGGUAAGAAUCCGACUUUCGACUCUGGAGACCGGUCGGGUCUACGCGCAUUCAUACCCCCUUAUAGUCUUAGAACCCUGGGGGUUGACGAAAAUGGGGGAACUUCGUCUGGCUGUCCGGUUCGCCUGUUCUUCUAUGCUUAGAAUGAUGCACAUGUAUACCCAGCCAGUGCCACCAGAGAUGCAUCAUGUGUAUCCGUUGUCUCGGAUGCAGCUGGAUAACUUGAGGCACGCUAUCCAGAUUAUAUCCACAACGCUGAGCCGCGCCGAGCCACCUUUAAAGAAAGAGGUGGUGGAGUAUAUGACGGAUGUGGCUUCAAACAAUUGGAGCAUUCGAAGGAGCAAAGCAACUUUCUUCAGGCUUAUGGCUGUCCUCGGUUGUUUCUUUGAGGCCCUCAGGUGGUUUGAUCAGAUCCGCAACUGGAAGAAUCCAUGGACGACGGUCGUCAUCCACUUGGUCUUCGUCAUACUGGUGUUGUAUCCGGAACUUAUACUUCCAGCGGUGUUCCUCUAUCUGUUCCUGGUUAGCGUCUGGAAUCGUCGUUUCUGGCCGAGACAUCCUCCGCACAUGAACGUCCGACUAUCUCAAGCGGAGAACCUCGACCCUGAUCAGCUGGAGGAGGAAUUCGAUACAAAUCCUACAAGUCAGUCCGCUGAUGAUGUCGUGAGAACGAGAUAUGAUCGACUAAGGGGUAUCAUGGGGAGGUUGGAUAUAGUUUUUGGCUACCUGGCGACGCAGGGCGAGAGGCUGCAGUCCCUGCGGAGCGGGCGAGAUCCGAGGGCAACAAAUUUAUUUACGGUCGUCUGUCUUCUUCUUGCCAUCGUUCUCUAUUUUAGGCCAAGAAUUGUGGCUCUCCUCACAGGGUUGUAUGUGAUGAGGCACCCGCGCUUCCGCCGGCCGAGGCGUCCCCGGAUGCUGUUUAAUUUCUUCUUGAGGUUGCCCAACAAAGCAGACAUGUUAUUUUGACACACGCUUAUGGACUUCUCGAUCGUCUGUUUGCUUAACAAGUAUAUUAUUCAUAUUUGACAGCGUGCU